AAUAAGGAAGUGCGACAGUGGUGGGUUAAAGCCCAAAACGUUUUUAUUAUGAAAUAGAUAAUAAAUAGGGUCCCCACUAUCGUCGAUCCGCUGCCCCGAUCUCCCAAUUAUCCGGGUCAGGCUCCAUGCUCUUCUUGCCUACAUGCGUGAUUGCACAUAACCUGAGGCAAACAAAGAGUGCACAGAGUAAGGGGGAGAGACUGGCUAAACAAAAGGCAGUUACUGCACACUCAUGCACAGAUGAAGAUGCCCAAGAAGACAGUGCAGAAGAGAUAUCUUCAUCAGAAUCAGCAGGGGCCUCUCUAGAAUCAUCAGAAGCUCUGGUUAUGGCUUAUUUUGAUUCUGAUUUUACCUAUAUGCAUUAUGAAGCAACGACAGCACAAGAGCCUACCCUCUCUCAUGGGUACUUGGCUCUUUCUGGGGUGACUGAUCUGUUGCAACCUGGUUGGCUGAGCAAGGGUCAGAAACACAUCCUUCGUGCAGAGCAAGAAGAAGGUGGAAUAGGCCUGGUCAAGACACAAACAGAGUUUGCUGUGAGAUCUCCGCAGAAGGAGGAAAAAGAGCAGAAAGAGAUUACGAUGUGCAAAAAGGGGUUGGAUACACUUUUUGAGAAACUUGCAAAUGCAUACACCAAACGGUCAUUCAAGAGGUUGUAUGGCGACUUGAAAGCAAGGUAUCCAGCUGCUGGCAAUUACAUUGACAAUAUCCCAAAGAAAAGAUUGGUCAGGGCGUAUUUUGAAAUAAACCGGUACCAAAUAAUGACGACAAAUGGCGCCGAAUCAAUCAAUAGCGUAUUGAGGGAGGACAGGGAACUUCCUAUUGUUGCACUUUUAAAAGCAGUCCAGAACAUGACAUCAAGAUGGCGUGGAAAAAGGCAACAAGAGUUAAGGUCUCUCGAUGCAUCAAAUCCCCCUGUUACCCCGGCUGUUGAAGCUGAAAUGCGCAAGAGAUUCAGCACUGCCUUGCGCUUGGAAUGUCAUCAGUUGAAUCAAUACGAGUUUGAAAUCAAGGGAGUGCACUCUGACCAUGUUGUUAACCUUUCAAAUAAAACUUGCACCUGCCAAGUGUUUGACAAGGAUAAGAUACCUUGCGUGCAUGCACUCGCUUGUUCAGAACGCACAGGCAUAGAUUGUUAUAGCCUGUGUAGUAAAUUAUACACAAAGGAAUACAUGUAUAUCGCAUACGCGGAAACAAUCUACCUCGUGCCACAUGAAGAUGACUAGGAUGCCGAUGGAAUGGAGCUCUUAGAAGUCAAACCCCCUAUAUUGAACAAGCAAAGAGGAAGGCCAACAACGAAGAGAUUUCCAUCGGACGGCGAGGCACGAAAAAAAUAUAAAUUGACAUGUUCUGGUUGCCAAGGAAAAGGGCAUACAGUACGGAAAUGCGCAAAGAGACCUCGUAAAGACACAUCUACGACAAAUGACUUGAAUAAU